AUGGUCCAGACCCUCCCCAGACGAGUCUUCCCCGUCAGCGACUGGGCGCCCUCUCAAGAAGCCAUGUAUCCCGAGUCUUCGUCGACGCAGCCUGCCACGGCGCACACCUUCACCACCCACGAGCCCGACUCUCCCACCACAGUCGUCCCCAACGCCCUGCGCUACCGCAGCAUGAGCAUGACCCUCCCCUGGCGCCAGCGGCCCAAGUCCGCCCUCUUCGGCGGCCACGACAACGAUCAUCAUGCGGUUGAUGCCUUCGCCGACAGAUUCCCACCGCACGACAUGAGGCGGGCGCGGUCCCGAACCCACGGCGAUGUCUUUGAAGAGCACGACGAGGACCACACCGGCGACCACGGCGAGGCCUCAGACCACCCCACCGCCGCCUCCAAGGGCAAGAAGGCCAUCAAGGGCGCCUUGCGCCGGGCCUCCAUCUCCCUCAAGGGCAUCAUCAUCCCCAGCCGCCGCACCUCCGUCGCCACAAGCAACGGCGAGGAGCACCACCACAUCCGCUCCAUGCUGCGCAGCGCCCACGAGCACCACGCAAGCUCCCACACCCUCUCUCCCUUCGACUCCGCGGCCGGCCCCAGCCACUCCGCCCGCCCGACCACAUCACACUCGACCUGGCGCCGCCUACGGCAGGCCGCGAGCUUCCGCCACUCGAGGGUGCUGUACGACGGCUUCCCGGGCCUCGAGACCAUCGAGUCCCCGCGCGAGUCCACCUUCAACCUGCAGCCCCAGGUCCCCGUCCCGGGCACCAACAAUGGCCCGCCCAUCAUCCCUCCCAACACGGGCGGCGCCGCCCGGGCCGCCGCCGCCGCCUUCCAGUCCGACAUGCAGCGGAAGUGGCUGCACCCGGAGGAGUACCCGACCGACCGCGAGAGCGGCAUCGGCAUCGCCGUCACGACCUCGGACUCCCCGGCAGAGGGCUUGAUCGCGGACGACGACGAGCAGCCCGACAUGGGCGUCGACGUCGACGACCGCGCCGUCGUCGAGGGCUGCUGCGGCGUCGACGUCCCCGGCAUCACCCGGAUCGACUUUGUCUCGCGCCUGCCCACCGAGCUCGCCAUCCACAUCCUCGCCAACCUCGACGCCGCGGGCCUCGCCACGGCCGCCCGCGUCGCCCGCCGCUGGCGCUGGGUCGUCCGCAACCAGCACAUCUGGCGCGAGUCCUUCCUGCGCGAGAAGACGACCACCUACGCCACCAGCGCGCCCGUGCGGCCCGGCGCGGGCCAGGGCAUCCCGCCCACCCGGCCCGGUAACGACUGGAGGCAGAUCUACAAGACCAAGGAGGAGCUCGACCGGAGGUGGAGGGAGGGCAAGGCCACGCCCGUGUACCUCAACGGCCACUCGGACAGCAUCUACUGCCUGCAGUUUGACGAGUACGUUUCUACCUUCUCUCACUUUUACCAGCAAAGGUCGCCCCCGUUACUGACAAAACCACCCCCCUCCUGCAGGUCCAAGAUCAUCACCGGCUCCCGCGACAAGACCAUCCGCAUCUGGGACAUGCACACCCUGGCCUGCAAGCUCGUCAUCGGGCCCCCCGAGGUCAUCCACGACCCGGCCCUGCUCUACGACGAGGACGGCCGGCCCACGCACUACGCCACGCCCGACGCCGCCACCACCAAUACCGAGACGACCGCCGCCGUCCGCGGCCCUUCGUCCACCCCGGCCGCCGUCACCUUCGAGACGCACCACAAGGCCUCGAUCCUGUGCCUGCAGUACGACGACCGCAUCCUCGUGACCGGCUCCUCGGACGCGACCUGCAUCGUCUACAGCAUCGCCUCGGGCUACCGCCCCGUGCGCCGCCUGCAGCACCACACCGCCGCCGUGCUGGACCUGUGCUUCGACGACCGGCACAUCGUCACCUGCUCCAAGGACAUCUCCAUCUGCGUCUGGGACCGCGAGACGGGCUCCCUGCUCAAGCAGCUGCGCGGCCACUCGGGCCCCGUCAACGCCGUGCAGAUGCGCGGCAGCACCAUCGUGUCGUGCAGCGGCGACUUCCGGGUCAAGCUGUGGAACAUCGACACCGGCAAGGCGAUCCGCGAGUUCCAGGGCCACACCAAGGGGCUCGCCUGCUCGCAGUUCAGCGAGGACGGGCGGUACGUGGCAUCGGCGGGCAACGACCGCGUCAUCCGCGUCUGGGACGCCAACACGGGCGAGUGCGUGCGCGAGAUGCGCGCGCACGAGAACCUCGUGCGCAGCCUGCACGUCGACAGCGUCAGCGGCCGGCUCGUCAGCGGCUCGUACGACACGGACAUUAAAGUGUUUGACAUGGAGACGGGCCGCCAGCUGCUCGACUUCCCGCGCUGGCACGCGAGCUGGGUCCUCAGCGCCAAGAGCGACUACCGGCGCAUCAUCAGCACGGGCCAGGACCCCAAGAUCCUGGUCAUGGACUUUGGGGCCGGGGUUGAGGGGAUUGAGAUGUUGGAGAGCUGUGGUGGGCGGGGUGGUGGUGCUGCUGGUGCUGGUGCUGGCGUUGUCCCCGUUGGUGAUGGGGAGGGGAGGAUAUGA